UGAGUUGAGGAAGUUGAAGGCUAUACUUAUUCUGAGUGUAUAAAAGUUUAUUGCUUUUUGAUAUCAGGCAGAGUAGAAAGAUGCAGAAGCCUCUUCAACCUCAUGAUUUUUCUCUUAAGGAGACCUAUCCUAAAAUAGGCGCGGUGUCACUAAUGGGAGACAAGCUGUCUAAUACGUAUGACCUUGUGGAGCAAAUGCAAUACCUUUAUGUUUAUGUGGUGAAAGCUAAAGAUUUACAUGGAAAAGAAGUCACUGGUAGCUGUGAUCCUUAUGUGGAAGUGAAACUUGGAAAUUAUAAGGGAACAACAAAACACUUUGAGAAGAAGUCCAAUCCUGAGUGGAAACAAGUUUUUGCUUUCUCAAGAGAACGAAUCCAAGCGUCUCUUUUGGAAGUGGUCGUGAAAGACAAGGCUUAUGUAAUAGAUGAUUUCAUGGGGCGGGCUAUUUUCGAUCUCAACGAUGCUCCAAAACGUGUCCCUCCUGACAGUCCGCUGGCACCGCAAUGGUAUAGGCUGGAGGAUCGAAAGGGGGAUAAAGUCAAAGGAGAGCUUAUGUUGGCUGUGUGGAUGGGAACUCAAGCAGAUGAAGCAUUUCCUGAUGCCUGGCAUUCAGAUGCUGCAACUGUGGGAUCUGAAGCCAUUGCUAGCAUCAGAUCAAAGGUUUAUCUUUCUCCCAAACUUUGGUAUGUAAGAGUAAAUAUCAUUGAAGCUCAGGAUCUAGUACUGAGUGAUAAAAGUAGGUAUCCAGAAGUUUUUGUGAAGGUUAUUAUUGGGGCUCAAGCUAUAAGAACCAGGAUAUCUCAAAGCAAGACUAUAAACCCAAUGUGGAAUGAGGACUUACUGUUUGUGGCUGCUGAGCCAUUUGAGGAGCCAUUGCUUCUGACAGUAGAAGACAAGGUGGCAUCAAACAAAGACGAAAUUCUAGGGAGGUGUUUGAUUCCCCUGCAAAAUGUGCAGAGGCGAUUAGAUCAUAAACCUGUUAGCACUAGAUGGUAUAAUCUUGAGAAACAUAUUAUUGCAGAUGGUGAACAGAAAAAAGAAGUUAAGUUUGCCAGUAGGAUUCAUCUUAGGAUUUGUUUGGAUGGUGGGUAUCAUGUGUUGGAUGAGUCAACCCACUACAGUAGUGAUCUUAGGCCUACUGCAAAACAGUUGUGGAAAUCUAGUAUUGGGAUUUUUGAGUUGGGGAUUCUUAGUGCUCAAGGGCUCAUACCAAUGAAGAUGAAAGAUAGCAGAGGGACGACUGAUUCCUAUUGCGUGGCAAAAUACGGACAGAAGUGGGUUCGAACGAGGACUAUUGUAGACAGUUUCACUCCGAAGUGGAACGAACAGUACACUUGGGAGGUUUUUGAUCCCUGCACUGUUAUUACUAUUGGGGUGUUUGAUAAUGGUUAUAUAGGUGGGGGAAGCAGCGUAAAAGAUUCAAGGAUUGGAAAAGUUCGGAUUCGGCUAUCGACCCUUGAAACUGAGAGGGUCUACACUCAUUCAUAUCCUCUUCUGGUCCUUCAUUCUUCAGGAGUGAAGAAAAUGGGUGAAGUGCAGUUGGCUGUAAGGUUUAGUUGUUCAUCUUUGAUUAACAUGCUGCAUAUGUACUCCAGCCCAUUGUUGCCAAAAAUGCAUUACAUUCACCCAUUAUCAGUAAUUCAGCUUGAUAGCUUAAGGCGCCAGGCUAUGCAAAUUGUGUCGAUGAGACUAGGCCGUGCCGAGCCUGCGUUGAGGAAAGAGGUCGUCGAGUAUAUGUUGGAUGUGGAUUCACAUAUGUGGAGCAUGAGGAGAAGCAAAGCCAAUUUCUUCAGAAUAAUGGGAGUUUUAAGUGGCUUGAUGGCCUUGGGUAAAUGGUUUGAUCAUAUUUGCAACUGGAAGAACCCCAUUACAACAAUAUUAAUUCACAUCCUUUUCAUCAUUUUAGUUCUUUAUCCCGAGCUCAUUCUUCCAACCAUCUUUCUCUACCUUUUCGUUAUCGGUAUUUGGAACUUCAGGCGUAGGCCUAGACACCCCCAACACAUGGACACCAGGUUGUCUCAUGCUGAUGCAACUCAUCCUGAUGAACUAGAUGAAGAAUUUGACUCCUUUCCUACAUCCCGAUCUACCGAUAUCAUUCGGAUGAGAUACGACCGCCUUCGGAGCAUAGCCGGGAGGGUGCAAACUGUGGUCGGGGAUCUUGCAACUCAAGGAGAAAGGUUUCAGUCGCUACUGAGUUGGAGAGAUCCAAGAGCAAGUGCUAUCUUUGUAACAUUCUGCUUGAUUGCCGCUAUAAUUUUGUAUGUUACACCAUUUCAAGUUAUUUGCCUCGUUGCAGGCAUUUAUGUGCUGAGGCAUCCAAGAUUUCGCCACAAACUUCCUUCGGUUCCUUCAACCUUCUUUAGAAGAUUGCCUGCAAGAUCAGACAGCAUGUUGUGAGCAGAAGUUUAUUUGAAUUAAUGUUCAUUGCCUGUUUAUAUGUAUUCUCCAUUACAUUAACUAGUCUCUUGAAACUCCCUCUCCUUUGGUUUGUUCACUCAACUCCAUCUCCUUCGAUUUGUUCAGAUUUGUUCACUUCAGAAGUCAAUGUUUAAUGGUAUUCAACUCAGCUCCAUCUACUUCGGUUUGUUCACUUCAGAAGUCAAUGUUUAAUGGUAUUCAACUACAUAAAUCGAAAAGGAAAUAUUUAUUGGUUCU